UUGACAUAAUUUCUAUAAUAGGGGGUACUAAAUGUGACCGGAAGUAUUUGAACUGUUACUGGGUGGUGAUGAACGACAUUAUUGAUCCGUUGAUGCGUAUUUUACAAACAUACGUGGGAAUGUCACGGAUUAAUGCUAAACAUGGAUAAAAUCGUUUAUAAUUGCUAUCUCCUUUUACAGAUAAUUUGUGUGAUAUAUCCUACAUCAUUUAAAGACACUUGAAGAAAAAUUGGGCUGUGUAUGGCUGUUAACCAUUUGAUCUUUUUGGUAUUUGUUGUAUCUUCAUAUCUUCAACUGACAUCUGUAUCCGGGUCCUUUGAUUUUGAUUCAAUGUUGGCGUGUUUUCGUAGAGAGUAUAAUUUCAGAGCCACCAAACCGUUUAUAACUCGUCAUGGACUUGUUUUGCCAUGUUCUGAUAUUAUAACAGUUUAUUCCUGCUAUGGCAGGUGCGACUCUAGUGAGAUAGCAGAUUACAAGAUUCCGUACAAAAUUAGCAACCAUAAAGUAUGUACUUAUGGUGGUAUACAGAAACGGACAGUAACAUUAACCAAUUGUCAUCCCUUGCAUCCGGAUCCGACCUACGAAGUAUUUGACGCCACGUUUUGUUCUUGUAAAAGCUGCAGUUCUGACAGCACAAGCUGUGAAAAUCUAAAUGGAUAGGAUCAGGGAUCAAUAGACUGGUUUUAUGAUGUUCAUAUCAGAUUAUGGCCAACCGAAGUAUUAUAAAGAAUCAAAUCCUGUUAUUAUUGACAUUAUACUUUCCCAAUUCUAUUAUUUGUAUUAUACAUUAGUGAAAAUUUUUUGUAAGUAUUGAACUACAGGGACUUCAAUAUUGUUAAACUCUAUGAACUAUCGUCAUCUGUUUUUUAUAUGUAGAAAGAAACUGAUUUGUACUAUAUAUAUCGCAGGUAAAGAUAUGAAGUGUUUUACUAAGCUUGAAAAUCGUAUAGUGACCGUUAUGUUAGUCCCACAAGGUCAAAUGGACACUUGUGGCAAAGGCGGAAAUAUGAUUAAGCCUUUUUUGUCCCAAAAUAAAGAAAAAGAUGUUUUUUUCUUCAUUUUUUCACAACUCGUCGAAAAGUGAAUAGAUUCUAAACAGUGUAGUUUACUGACUUACAUACAGAAAUGUAAUUUAUGAUGUCACUGGCAUGAUAAAAUACUUUACAUAUUUGACAGAAUGAUGGUCGCAUAAUUUAUGAAGUAAAAUUAAAAAUAAUCAAUAGUCGCGUCUUUAUUGACUCGCAUCAAAAUGUUGUUUUUUAAGAUAUUUUCGGCAAAAUUAUUGUUCCUAUUAACAUUUCAAUUAUAAGAUAUGCUUUUCGAAGUCUUAAAUAUCAUUACCGAUAUUUGGUUGACAAUCAAACAUGUAAACUGCUAUGAAUUGAAUGAUUUCUCAUUCAAAACAAUUGCUUUUAUUUCUGGCAUGCUUUUUUAUAGUUAUUACAAAAGGUCUUUUACUGUUACAAUGUAGCAAAAGUCAAGAAGGUAGGUCAGCAACCUUGUAAUUCAAUAAACUCUUUAGCUUUUAUAGAGUAAUGCACCAGCGUUUAGUUCUCAAAUUGAAAGGAGAUAAUUGUCCUGUGGGAGGGAAACGAAGUUAUGAUUAUCAAGAUAUUUUUAACUUUUAUGUACAAAAUUUUAUGUUAGAUACAUCUCAACAAUAAAUUA